AUGGAAAUCCAUAUCCUGCCAGGAAACUCGUCUAUCCCCUCACAGCUACCAAGCGUUCCAAUACGGUCGCCCAUUGAGAUUAUCAAUAAUUUCCGCAUGGUGUAUGAUCAGAAACAGAUUGAGACCUUUCAGAAUUUGUUGGACUCACUUGUCUCAGACGACAAAUUCGACAUACUUGAUUUGGAUACAAUCAUGAUAGAUGCGGUUAGACAUGAUGAUGCGCAAUUCGUCGAGGCGCUUCUUUUCCAUGGGCUACCCUUGCAUUCUGAUUACUCUUUAGCAGCAGCGAAGUCAAAGGCAAAGAAUGUCCUCGAAGCGCUUUUUAAGAACGGCUGGAAUGUCAAUAAGUCAAUAAGUGACGCACAGCCCCCGGUACUUGGAAAUGGAGCUGAUCCAAAUCAAAAAUGUCUGAUUGACUUGACACCACUUUCUUAUGCUGUUCACUACGCACCUAUCUCAAAUAUCAAACUCUUCCUUGGCAAUGGAGGCAACACACAGCAAGGACAGCUUCUAUUCCACGCGCUGGAUAGGGAGUCUGAAGUGUUUGAGGUCUUAACACUUCUUCUUAAGGCAGGUGCUCCUUUGAAUGCGACGAUGUAUCAGAAUCAUCCCUUCUCUUGGUCUCUGGCCCAAGACACAAUCCAGCAUGCCGUUGAUCGGCUUCAGGCUGCCGCCCUUGCAAUACCGAAAAUUUGUGCGCUUUCUGGAACACCCGGCGUAUCAAUCGGGGUGCUUCACCACAAUCAAGUCAUAUACACUCAAGGCUUCGGUUAUCGCGAUGUCGAAGCAAAGCUACCGCCUGAUGAGCAGACAGUUUACCACAUCGCCUCAUUGUCCAAAGCUGUGACCUCAGCCGCGUUCGGAAUACUUGUCGAAGAAGAGAAAAUCGACUGGGACACUCCUGUCAAGACCAUUCUUCCGGAGUUCGAUCAUCCCAAUCGAACGGUCCGAGAAGAGCUCAAUAUCGCCGAUUUGUAA